UCACCGCGACCAGGAAGAGUGGAGCGAGUCCGUCCACGAGACCUGACUUUACGCUCCCUCUGCGGCCGACAGUGAUGACGUCGCCAAGAGCACGCCCACCCUUUGAAGACCCAUUUCUGAUCUGCACCAGAGCAUGAGAAUCUUAUGGAAGCCGUUCGGAUUCUCAAGAAGACUUCUGCAAGUAGCACGGUGUCACCCUAGUGAAUCAGUGUCUCUGUCUGCAUUGACAAGGAGAACAUUGGUACUGAGGCUUCGGAAAGCACCUAGAAUUUUUUGGUUGGGUCAAAGACAAGGAUUCUCAGCCAUGCCAGAAAUAGAAGCAAGUGCGAGAGAUACUGAACUAUUUUCCCCGCCCUCUGAGGUGCGAGGAAUGACAGAACUUGAUAGAACAGCUUUUAAAAAGACAGUGUCCAUUCCGGUGCUCAAAGUGAGAAAAGAAGUAGUCAGCAGGUUGAUGCGAGCCCUCAAGAGGGUGGCUCUGCAGCGCCCGGGCAUAAAGCGUGUCAUUGAAGACCCUGAUGAUGGAGAUACUAGACUGAUCAUGUUGGAUCCCUUCAAAAUGCUGACCGUUGAUUCCUUUGAAAAAGCAGAACUCGGUGUUUUAGAAGAACUUGCUGUCAACCCACAGCUGUCCGAAUACAAUUUGGAGCUAACUUACGAGAAUUUUAAAUCAGAGGAAAUUUUGAGAGCUGUGCUUCCCGAGGGUCAAGACGUGACCUCGGGGUUCAGCAGGGUUGGACACAUUGCACACCUGAAUCUCCGAGAUCAUCAGCUGCCGUUCAAGCAUUUGAUUGGUCAAGUUAUGAUUGACAAAAACCCAGGAAUCACCUCUGCAGUAAAUAAAACCAGCAAUAUUGACAAUACAUACCGAAAUUUCCAAAUGGAGGUGUUGUCUGGAGAGGAGAAUAUGCUGACCAAGGUUCGAGAAAACAACUACACGUACGAGUUUGAUUUCUCCAAAGUCUACUGGAACCCUCGUCUUUCCACAGAACACGGCCGGAUCACUGAACUUCUCAAUCCUGGAGAUGUCUUGUUUGAUGUUUUUGCUGGGGUUGGGCCCUUUGCCAUUCCAGCAGCAAGGAAAAACUGCACCGUAUUUGCCAAUGAUCUCAAUCCUGAGUCUCACAAAUGGCUGUUGCACAACUGUAAACUAAAUAAAGUUGACCAAAAAGUGAAAGUCUUUAACAUGGAUGGAAAAGACUUCCUCCAGGGACCAGUCAGAGAAGAAUUGAUGCUUCGGCUCGGACCGUCAGCCGAAGCAACACCCUCUGUCCACAUCGUCAUGAACUUGCCCGCAAAGGCCAUAGAGUUUCUCAGUGUUUUCAAGGCCCUUCUAGAUGGGCAGCCGUGCAGCAGUGAGCGCCUCCCAACAGUGCACUGUUACUGCUUCUCCAAAGAUGCCAGUCCUGCUAAGGAUGUUUGUCAGCAAGCUGGAGCUGUGUUAGGCAUUUCUUUGGAGGCGAGUAGUUCAGUUCACCUUGUGAGAAAUGUGGCUCCUAACAAGGAAAUGCUGUGCAUCACCUUCCAGAUUCCUGCCGCUACACUCUACGGGAACCAGGCCCUGAGUCUAGAGAAUUUUGAAGAGCCAUCUCUUAAACGGCAGAGGACAGAUGAUUCCUUCUCAGAGCCACAAAUUACAUCAAAUUCUUAGCUUGAAAACUUUCCUAUAUCUCCCUAGUAAAUUUUUUGUGAAGAAGUACAAUUUGUAUGAUUUUGUAAACUUUAAAUAUUGGGUAUUUGUUAUUGAACCCUUAUGUUUUGCUCUUACAAAGGGAAUAUUACCAAAGUAAA